GACGAUCAACACGUUUCACCUCAACGGUUUAGAGGUUAAACCGUUUCAAUGAAAUCGUUCGGCAUGGGAAGCUUCAACGCGCAUCGAUCGUUAUUGUAUUUAAAAAAAAAAAAUGUUUGAUCAACAACGAUAUAAUGACUUGAUCAUAAUAUUCAUUACGAGCGUAAUAUAAUAAUAAUAAUUACCUAUAAUAAAAUGGGUAAUUAUUAUAAUAAUAAAAUACCUAUUAUUAUUAUCGGGUUGGGCAGCAGAGCGACCGUUUUAAGAACCAUUGACGCGCGGAAAGUCGGCGGGCGGUCGUGAGUUGCUACGCGCUAGAUGUUCACCGCUCAGGUGUUGGGCUUAGGACUUGGUAGUUGCCGUUGGGACUGUCGGCUCAUAGUCGUCAUUCGUCACUGGUCACCGUCGAGACACAUUACGAGAGGAAGUAAAUCAUGUCCGGAGAUGCAGUGUCCGAGAGUAGGCGUCCCAAGGUCGUAUACGUGUUCAGCGGAAAGCGGAAAUGCGGAAAGGAUUAUAUCACGGACGCGAUCCACGAAAGAAUUGGAUCAGAAAAAUGCGUAAUAAUUCGUCUUUCGGGCCCCAUAAAAAAACACUGGGCCCAAACUAAAUCACUACAGUUGGAUGAACUUCUCAGUGAUGGUGAAAUGAAGGAACAACAUAGAAAGGCAAUGAUUGAAUGGAGUGAAAAUGUUCGUUCAAGUGAUCAUGGUUAUUUUUGUCGUAUGGCAAUAGAUAUGUAUGAUCAAAAUCACUCAAAAAAUAUCUGGAUUGUGAGUGAUGCUAGAAGAAAGACUGAUAUUGAAUGGUUCAAAUCAAGUUUUGAUAAUUUAAAACUGAUUAGAAUCACUGCAGAUGAAUCCACAAGAAAAGAAAGAGGAUGGAACUUUAUACAUGGAAUUGACAAUGCUGCAUCAGAAUGCGAUUUGGAUGACUAUUUGGAAUGGGAUUGGAUUGUUGAAAACAACAAAUUUAAUGAUUGCAAUGAAUUUAUUAAUGAAAUUGUGAAUCAUGCACUAGCAAUUUAAUGAUAUUUAUAUUUAUUUCCUUAAAUAACUUCAACAUAGUAUCACAGAUUAAAUAAAACUUUUAUUUAAUCUGUGAUACUAUGUUCAAAUAUUGUGUGUACUGUUGUUUCUAUAUUUAUCAAGCUCACACAUAUUAUGCUAGAAAAAUAAAUAAAUAUAUUUUUUUAAUGUAUAGGAAGUUAUAUUAUGUCAUAUCACUAUAAUAAUUGUUAAAUUAAUAUGGAUCUGCACUUCUGCAUCUAAUAUAAAUU